AUGAUGAUCCAACAUUAUCAGACCUCCUCCUCGACACCAACGUUGGUGAUGAGAAACAACAUUGAUGAGCCUCACCAAACAACAACAACAACAACAACACUUCCUUUUAGUUCUUCAACUCGUAGGAGUGGUAGUGAUGGAUGUAGUAGUAGUAAUGAUGAUGAUGCUAAUGGAGUAAAGACUCUCCAUCAUCAUCGACAAUCGAUUCUCUCAACCUAUUCCAUUCCUCUCCAUGAAUUUACAUCACUUCCAGAUGUAUCUAAAGGAGAUGAAGAAGUUCAUGAAAUGGAGUGCUGCAUUGGAUUGAAAUUCUCAUGGCUAUGGUUUGUGCUUUUUUGGUUGGGUGUGGUGUUGAGUUUAGGAACAUUGUUGUUAUUGUGUUUUUGGUUUGAUUGGUUGAAAGAUCGAAUUCAAUAUAAUCGAAUUUACAAGAAGAAGAAGGAGAAUGGUAGUAGUAGUUCAACAACAAGUGGUGAUGAUGUGAAUCUAAAUAACAACCCAAAUAACAACCCAAACAAUAACAUCUUUCACAAUACUUCCUUUAAGAAUGCAGAUGCUGUUCUCAUCAAGUCAAAAGAAACCAAACAAAUCACCAUUUGUAAAAUUGAACAAGUGCAAGUGGAUGAUGAGAAUCAUCAAGUAUCGAUUCGUCUAUUCAAAUAUAGAAAUUUAAAUUACAUUUACAAUGAUGAGACUGAUCAAUUUCAAAGAGUUCAUCACAACACUCUAGUACCAUUUUCAUCUUUACAUGAUCGAAUGAAUUCUAAUCAUAAGAAGGAUAUUAAUAAUACCCAUAAUAAUAAUAAUACUAAGGAUAUCUAUAAUAAUAAUAACAAUACUAAGGAUACCUAUAAUAAUAAUAGUAAUACUAAUGAUUCUUUCCUCACACAUGACACGAGUAGACAUUUAAAGAAAUCUCUUUUUGGAGUGAAUACUAUUGAAACACCUGUUCGAAAUGUCAUUUCUCUUCUUCUUGAUGAAGUAUUACAUCCAUUCUAUUUAUUUCAAGUAGCAAGUGUUUGUGUUUGGUUGAGUGAAAAUUAUUAUGUGUAUGCAGUGGCUAUUGCAGUCAUUUCUUCGAUAAGUUCACUAUUGAGUAUGUGGGAAACAAGAAGUAACAUGAUCAAGUUGAAAGAAAUGACAAGUUUUCAUUGUGGUGUGAAUCGAUUGUUGAAUCUUGUUCAUGGUGAUAGAGAUGUGAAUACUAGGAAUGGGACUACGAAUAGGACUACUACCAAUUACACGAAUAUUACCACUACUACUACUCACACAAUGAACACAAACACCACCACCACUACCACCACUCAUAUCAUGAUGAAACAUCGUAUUGAUUCCACACAGUUAUUACCAGGUGAUUUAAUUGAAAUUGAAAAUGAAAUGAUUUUACCAUGUGAUUGUGUUUUACUUUUUGGAAGUGUCAUUAUGAAUGAGAGUAUGCUCACUGGUGAAUCCACACCUACAAAGAAAGUACCCAUUCCAAAAUCACAUUCAAAAACAGAUCUCUACAAUUCCAAACGUGAUAAAAGUCAUACUCUAUUUUCUGGUACUCAAGUCAUCAUGACCAAACCAAACACAUUGAAUGUGAUGGAUGAAAAUUCGACAUGUCAAAAAGAAAUGGUCAUUGCAAUGGUCACUCAAACUGGAUUUCAAACUGCAAAAGGAAAAUUAGUUUUAUCGAUUUUACAUCCAAAACCAAAUCAAUUUUCAUUUUACAGUGAUUCGAUGAAAUUUUUAUUAUUCAUGUUUUUAUUUGGAUUGGCUGGAAUUAGUUAUAGUUUAUACAAUCAGGCCAUUAAAAAUGCUCCUAUUCGAGAAAUGAUUACAGGUUGUUUUGAUCUCAUUACGACCAUUGUACCACCUGCAUUACCUAUUGCCAUGACCACUACAGUAUCAUUGGCAAUUUCAAGAUUAAAGAAAAAGGGAAUAUUUUGUAUUAGUCCUCCAAGAAUUAAUGUGAGUGGAAGAGUGAAUUUGGCAUGUUUUGAUAAGACAAAUACAUUGACGAGAGAUGGAUUAGAUUUACAUGGAGUAGUAAUAACUACCACUACUACUACUACUACUACUACUACUGAUACUACUCAUGCUACUAUUGCUGAUACUACCAUUCCUACUACUACCAAUAAGGAUCAAUCAUCUCCUUACCUCUCAACAAGCACACAAUUUUCAUCUCUCAUCAAAGAUAAGGAUUUAAAUAAUCAUCUCUCAGAGUCUAAUUCUUCUUUAUUGCAUUGUAUGGCCACUUGUCAUAACUUGUCGUAUGUGUUUGGAAAGUUAGUGGGUGAUCCAUUAGAUGUGAAAUUAUUUGAAGCCACACGAUGGAAAUUAUUGGAACCAACACUUUCUACCUUCACUCCUACUUUUAAUAAUAACAACAAUCAUACUACCAUCUCAUCUCCCAGUGAUUUGGUUCACUAUUCCAUUCUCAAAGUAUUUGAUUUCAAAUCAAGUCUUCAAAGAAUGUCUGUCAUUGCACAAAACACACACACUGGAGAUUUACACUUCUUUGUGAAAGGUUCAGCAGAAAUGUUAAAAACACUUUCACAUCCAGAUACCAUUCCUAAUGACUUUUCUCAAGUAUUGUAUAAAUACUCUCAUAAGGGAUAUCGAGUGUUGGGAUGUGCCACUCGAAGAGUGAGUUUUAGAGAUUUAUUAUUCCUAUUGAAUGUGAAUCAUAGUAAUACUACUAUUAAUACUACUAUUAAUACUACUAGGAGUGAUGAUGAUGAUGAUCCUGUUAGAAUUCCUAACAAUAGAAAAGGAAUUGAUCUCUUAAUUGCACAAUAUGCUGAUAAAUUAACAAGAGAAGAAGUAGAAUCUAAUCUUUCUUUUCUUGGAUUGAUUUGUAUGGAAAACAAAUUGAAACCAGAGACACCAUCUGUGAUUCGAACACUCACUUCUGAAUGUAAUGUAAGAUCAGUAGUCAUUACAGGUGAUAAUCCAUUCACUACGAUUUGUGUGGCUCGUAAAUGUGGAAUUUUACCAAAAGGAAAGACUAUUUAUUUGUCUGAAUUUAGAGAAAUGGAGAAUGAUGAACAUGCCAUCAAGCACCACCCUCCUAUCUCGAGUAGUAGGAAUAUGAAUACGACUACUACUACUAUCAACAGGAACACUCCUCUCAACAACAUGAACCAAUUACAACAACAACAAUACCAAUCCAUCAAUCAUGAUGAUACAACAACGAUGGAACCAUUCUUUUCAUCAUCUUCAUCAUCAAUGAAUAUUUUAGGAAAUCCAUUGAAACAUUAUCUUCCACUAUAUGAUCGAAUUGUUUGGAGAAAUGUCGAUGAUCAUCAUGCACCAGUAUUAACAAGUCGUGAAAUUAUGACAAGGAGUUUUAAAGAUGAAAAUUAUGAAUUAGCAGUCAUUGGUGAAGUAUUUGAUAGUAUUGUAUUGGCACAUAAGGAAUAUGUGGAUCAGUGGAAUAAGGCAAGUAGUGGUCAUAGAAGUGCUAGUGGUGGUCAUAGUGGUCAUGAGGCUAGUGAGGGUACUAUAAAUAGUAUGGAUGGAAGUAGUAUUAGUAAUACUAGUACUAGUACUAGUAGAAAUCAUCCUCUCUCACAAUGGACAAACAAUGAUUCAAAAAAGAUCACUUUACCAAUGUACAUUGAUACAGAGAAUCCAUCUCUACUUCAUAGAAUUUUAGCAUCCUGUCAAAUCUAUGCAAGAGUUUCACCAUCAGGUAAAAUGAAAGUCAUUGAAGAAAUGACAAAAAUGGAUUACAUGUGUAUCAUGUGUGGAGAUGGAUCGAAUGAUGUCGAAGCUCUCAAAUCUGCUCAUGUUGGUGUCUCAUUGAGUGAGGCUGAAGCAUCCAUUGCAGCUCCCUUCACGAGUGUUCAAAAUUCAAUUCGAUCGGUGGUUGAAGUGAUGAAAGAAGGAAGAGCAUCACUCUCUACUAGUUUUCAAGUAUUCAAAUUUAUGGCACUCUAUUCUUUAUUUGAAUUCUUUGCUGCAGUUCUCAUUUAUCGUCAAAAUGCAACCAUUGGUGAUUUUCAAUAUCUCUAUAUUGAUCUAUUUAUAAUUUUACCAAUUGUUUUAUUACAACCCAAUUCAAGAGCUUCGACAAGAUUGAAAAAAGAAAAACCACCUGAAUCUCUCUUCUCUCGAUUUAUUCUCGUGAGUUUAUUAGGUCAAAUAUUUUGGGGUUUUUCAUUCAUGUUGGGAGUAUUCUUUGAAAUUAUGUUUGAUGCUCCAUUUUACAAACCAGAUCCAAUUCGAAAAGAUCCAAAAGAUAAUAUUGUGAGUUAUGAAACAACAAUUACUUAUUUGGCAUGUUGUUUUUCUGUGAUUAAUGCAGCCAUUACACAAAGUAUUAGCAAACCAUUUAAGAGGAAUCUUUUAACGGAUAAUUUUAUUUAUGUUUUGCUAUUAGUGGUGUUGUAUUUAUUUACAAGUUAUAUCUUAUUUGAACCAUGUUCUUUUUUAAAGAAAGAAUUUCAAUUUAUUGGAUUUCCAAUGGAUUUCAAAUUGAGAAUAUUGGGCUAUGGAUUGGCACAUUUAUUAAUUACCUAUUUAUGGGAAAUGUUACUGAUAUGGAAAUAUCCAUUCAAGAAACUAUUGAAAUCUUUCACCGUCUAUAACAUGUUGAGAUUAGUCCAUGCGAUUGUAGUGUUUUGUUGUUGUCCAACUCUUGUCAGUAAUUGGUUCACUCGUAUUCUUGUUUCAAUGAUGAGACGAGAACAGAGAAAAUGGAAAGCCUACAAACAGUUGAGACAAAAUCUUGGCAUUCCAAAAGUGAGAGAACGAAUAUUCGAGUUGAACAACCACCAAACACCAUCUUCGAGUCAUGAAGAGAAACCAAGUUACACCAGUACUGGUGUCCUGUUCAAGAAAUCAGCACAAUUGUAUCGAUCAGACAAACAUUCUACCAAAGAAGAGCGUGUAUCGUUGUUGGCAUAA